GAGUUAGCUUCAUGCUUCGGUGUUAGUGAUAAAACCAUUUUAAUCCACUUGAAGCAAACUGAGAAGAUUAGAAACUUGAAAGGUGGGUACAUCACGAAUUGAGGGAAGCAAACCGCCAAACGCAUGUCGACUGCUGCGUUACAUGGAGAUGUAGGCAAUGGGAGUCAGUUGGCAAAGGUGAUCACCACAAAAUAACAAAAACUGAACGCGAUCAAGCGAUGCCAAUAUACCUAUACGCUAGUAUUACGUCAUUCCCAUGCGACACCAGCGACUGAUUCAGUUCGCACGACGCGCUUGAGAGUAACAGGUGUAUGAAGGUUUCGCGCCAUUUUCAUCUAGAUUUUCGAGUUGAUAAAUUUGAAGAUGCCGAAAAUUCGUCUUAGACAGACCAAUAAAGCUAAUUCACUAAAGACUACCUGGAAAAGGCUGUAAAGCUCAUUAAUGAACAGACUAAAGACCACUUGGAAAAGGCUGUAGAGAGUAGGGUCUAUAUCACUCUGCUCUGCGCCAUGAUGCUGCAGGUGGAUAUGUCCUGCCAAUGUUUAUCUACCCCCGAAAGAAGAUGACCUCGACUCUUCAAAAGCCUAGAGCCUAUUAUUACAAAGAAUAACCCUACCACUAACCCUGAUGCUGCUACGUUGGUCAAAAAAGCAUUGUCUCGUUUAGCCUCCAUGAGCAAGGCCGAAGCAGGAUUCAAAGCAACGGGCAUAUUUCCUAUAAACCCCAAUGUUUUUACUGAUGAAGAUUUUAUGGCAGCAGAAGUCCUUUAAUUAUUAGAGCCAAUCGUUGUUCAGGAUUCUACGGACUCUAUUUUAGAAUUGAUUUCUGCUGAGUCAGAACAAUGUUUUCCUAUUCCAAGUACAUCCCCAUUCUGUCCCACUACUACUCCAUCGACUGCAUCGUCGUCUCAAUUUGAUGUUCCAUCAAAAUCUAAGAAUCUCCCAAGCAUUUAAAAUUUCAUUCAGAUGCCUAAGAAAGCAACUGUUGUCAAGAUAAGACAAGGAAGAAACAUCAUGCAGCGAUUUUAACAUUUACUCCAAUCAAAGAUGAUCUAGCUGAAAAAGAGAAUAAAAGGAAGGCAAAAAUCUGAGAAAAACAAAGGAAAAGGAAUAGGAAAGAAGAGGAUGCCACAGAAGGUCAGUCGUGAGAAGGUUAAGAAAAUUCUACAAGAAUCAAAUGAUACUUCGGAGUCAGACGUGAAAACAGACGAGUUAUGCUAAGAUGACGAUAAUGACCAUGCUGAAGAUGUAAAUAUAACUUGUGUCUUGUAUGUGGUGAAUUCAAAAGAGACAAUGAAACAUGGUACCAGUGCACUUCUUGUGGGCUCUGGGCUCAUACCGACUGUACUGGAUGGGAGUCUGUGCACAAUUUUGUUUGCAAUAUGUGUUGAUCACCAUUGCCCACAUGGUGAUCAUCACUGCCAACCGAUGCUGACAAUGGUGAUCGAACUUAUUUUUUUGUAAUUUGUUAUUGUACUAAAAUUAAUGCACCAAAGUAAUAAAAGUUGAUCUCAUUUGAUAGAUAAGAAAGUGAAGUGUAUAAUAAGAACAGAAUAAUUAAUAGUUGAUAUUAGAUUUGCUUUUUUUUUCGAUUCUCGCUUAGGUGGUCUGGUUACAUCUCCCCUACUUAACCGGCACAAUAAUGAAGGGUUUUUAAAUCAAAUCAUUACCUGUUAUGAAAAGUGGAUUCUCUAUGAUAAUCGGAAAAGCUCAUCGCAAUGGCUGGACCCUGGCCAGCCAUCCAAAUCGUGCCCCAAGCGAAAAUUUACCCAAAAAAGUUACUUGUAAGCGUUUUGUGGACUAGUGUCGGUGUCGUUCAUUACAGUUUUCUCAAAUCUGGCCAGACGAUUACGGCAGACGUCUAUUGUCAGCAAUUGCAAACUAUGAUGGAAAAGCUAGCUGCUAAACAACCGAGGCUAGUCAAUCGCUCCACGCCCUUGCUGCUUCACGACAACGCUAGACCACACACUACACAACAGACGGCUACCAAAUUAGAGGAGCUUCAAUUUGAAUAUCUAAGACAUCCACCGUACUCCCCGGACCUUGUUCCAAUAGAUUACCAUUUUUUUCCAAAUUUGGAUAACUUCAUCCAAGUCAAGGGCAGUCCAAACCGCCUUCAAAGAUUUUAUUGAUUCUCGUCCGAAUGGUUUUUUUAGUAAAGGGAUCAAUGAACUACCUAUGAGAUGGCAAAAGUGCAGAGAUAAUAAUGGGAAAGUAAGAAUUCUUUGAUUAAAUAAAUAUAUUAUAUUAAAAAAUAUUCGACUUUUUGCUGCUCCUAUACCAAACGCCAAUUUCAUAUGUAAGGACCUAAUAAAAAUGUAAAUUAUUAAAAUAUCCCUGGUGAUUUUUAUAUGAAUACGGAAGUCCACAGAUAAUGUAAUCUAUUGAUAAACGAAAACUCUUAUCGUUGACUGGAAAAUGAUGUUUGAUUUGCAUUCUAAUACAGUAAUACAAUAAACUCGAUACCAGGGUACGAAGUACAGCGUGCCAUCGGAGUUAACGUAAAUGACGUAACUAUGCGUAACUCCACACACCAGUUAUAUUAUGCGAACGCCCUUGACUUCGCACGCUAUUCAUAGACAGAACGUCAAUUUGUCAACACAGAAACAAUAUUCAAACUCUAGUUUUUAUUUACUAAGAAAUGAAUAAAGUUCUAUCAAAGAUUUAUUCACUGGAAACAACUUGUAAAAACCAAUGAGGAUUGUGCGAUCAAUACAACAGCCAAUUUAUCGUUAACCAGUAUUGAAUCUCCAAAAAUAUGGCAAAGCGACUAUUUUCGCGAAGUAGUACAAGUUUACUAUUUUUUAAUGGAUUUACAAAUCCAGUGAAGACACAAAUUGUGAAGCAUAUUCAUUGCGAUACCAUUAAACCUGAGGUACCGUGUAAAGAAAUUAAAAUCCCAGUUCAAUGGGGUCAUAUCUCUGCAAAACUGUGGGGAGAUGAGAACGAGCGACCCAUAUUGGCCCUCCACGGGUGGCAGGACAACGCCGGCACGUGGGACCCCCUAGCGCCGCUUCUGAGCAAGCACAAGUCAAUACUGGCCAUAGACUUUCCUGGCCAUGGGCUCUCAUCAUGGUUCCCACCAGGUAUGCACUAUUAUUCGUGGGAACUUCCUCGACUCAUCCUGUUACUAAAAGAGUACUUCAAAUGGGACAAAGUAUCUCUUUUGUGUCAUUCAAUGGGCUCAAUCGCUGGACUACGGUUCGCAAGUUCAUACCCUGAAGAAAUAGACUUUUACAUUGCCGUCGAUAGUUUGAUAGCUGACGAUUACGAUUUAGACUUAGUUGCUAGAACCUAUCCCAAAAAUAUGCUUAAUGUUAACCUAGCACAGACUCGACUAGACCAGGAACCACCUUUGUACACCUAUGACGAGUUAGCCAAGGUAUGGCAUAUGGGAACAAGAAAGUCUGUAUCCAUAGAUAGCGCCAAAAUUUUGAUGAAGAGAGGAUCAAAGCCUUCCAAAAAAUACCCUAACAAGUUCUUUGUUUCACGUGACGCCAGGCUGAAAUACAUUUUAUUUACCCCGGAAAGUAAACCGUUUGUGGAAACAUUGAUAAAGAAGCUAAAGUGCCCGACGUUAUAUUUCAAAGCUGUGGACUCUCCGUACGCGUCUGAUGAAUUUUCUGUAGAAAUGCGAGAAGUCAUUGAGCGUAACAACGAAAAUUUCGAAUGUCACUUCGUUCCAGGUACACAUCAUGUUCAUUUGAAUAAUCCGGAGUUAAUUAUGCCCCAUAUAUCUCAGUUUCUUAAAAAGCACAAUUUUUUACCAAGUUAACUAAAAUAAAAUAACAAACAUUAACAUAUUAAUCGUUACGUUUUUUUAAAAUCAAUUUAAGUUGCAAUCGUAAUAAAUCACGGAAGUUGAACAGAAGGGAAUAGAUAUUUUCAGCUCUAUAUGUAAUUACCAUAUUAUCUACACGUUCGUAUAAACUAGAUGAUAUUUUCACUUUUUGUGUGUACAACCUAUACACAAAAACAAACAGGAAACUAUUCUCCCUCUAGAUAAAAUUCAUCAUUAUUAUGACUACAACCAAGCAAUUGCUUAACUACAUAGAUUCUUAAUGUGAUUAUAAAAAUAAAACUUUAAUUUUAAUUUAGUUUUAGUUAAAAAAUAUAUCAUAAUUACCUAAGUAAAAGAGAAAUAAAUGAAGUGUUUCGUUAAUAUAUUCAUUAUUAUAUUUCAUUAUUUUAAGGAAAUAAUUAUUUUAUUUGCGACUAUUUAUUUCAUUUUUUUUAUAACAAUAGCAAUCAGGUUUAUAACCUGCUUCCGUUACAUAUAUCAAUCUAUAUAUUCUAAUAAAUUAAUACAUAUAAAAGUCUCACAUAGUGUCUUUUAUUUUUAAAUUAGUAAUAAUUUAACAUACACAAACUAUUUUAUUCCUGUGUGAUGUUCUAAUUUACCAUUUUCUGAUAUUUCUGAACUAGAAGUACUAACAUUAUCACAAACAUGGACACCUUUCCUUUCUGGCAAAACUUGAAUGAGUGUUUCUUGCCAGGACAUUCCUUCACAGACUCGAAGGACUAUCUCGAAAACUGAAAAUAAACAAAGAUAAUUUAUGUUAAUAAUGCUUACUAAUAAAAAAAAAAUGUAUACAUACAAGUAUAUACUCGGUCUGAAUAUUGAGUAUGCUGUGUGCUUAACAAUUAAAAAGAAAAUUAUAUCAAAAGAAACAACAUCAAUAUAAACUAAGUAUGUAGUAUUAUGAACACCACAGACUUACCAUUAAUUAGUAAAUCAUGCAACAACAAAACAACAAACAAAUUAUAUUAGAUAUUCACUAUGUGUUCAAGCAAUACUUACCAUUGACUAUGUGUUCAAGCAAUACUUACCAUGAUCAAUUGUUAAAACUUUUCUAGUUUUCAUGUUGACAUAUUUAUCCAAUGGGAGCUGACCAUGUCGGAUACCUUGUUCAACAGCUAUUUUAUGGCAAAGACCCUGUAACGAAAAUUAUUUUCACUUAAUAAUAAUAAUAAUAAAAUUUUCAGAUGUUACCUCAUUGAAACAAUUUUUGACAAAUCUUACAAAAUUGUAGUUAAAUAAAACUGUAACUAUUAAGUUAAUUAAGUUGGCAAUAAAGGUAUUAUAUACAGCCUUCCACCUUCAACUGGGCAAUGUAGAAAUCAAAUUAAAGUAGUAACUAGCUUUUUAAAAUUUCUUUUCUUUUAUACUAGUACAUAUUUUUAUUUAUUAUAAACUUGUAAAGAAAAGUAUAAGUAACCUAUGUUGUGUGCUUGUCAAAAAAUAAAAAUAUACACAUUGUA